AUGGCUGCAUGUGCAGCUAUUCCUAUGCAGCUGCUUCGCAGAACCGGCUCCUCCGUCUCAGAGGAGAGCGCUGUAGUUGAUGCGGCGCGUGCUCGACUGGUCUCAGGAGCUCCUCCGCAUUGGUUCCCUAACUACGCUCCCUUUGCCGUUCUCAAGGUCCCGGCACUCUUUCGGGGAAAUCAAAUUCACGUUGAUCGGCUGCAGCCCUUCAGAGAUCGUCUCGAAACCUACGAGACUGUGCGAAGCUCCAUCCUGCAGAACAAUCACGCCGAGCUGAUCGACGCCGAGAAGCAGCUCUUCCUGAAGCCGUUCAACGUGCAACACUGGCGAGACUUCCAGGUUACCGAGGAGAACCCUCACAACAUUCACAGAGCCACACUGCUCUUCCAGCAGGACAAGCUGCAAAUGGAGAACAUGGACGCCGUGAUCGCUAGACUGUUGCGACGUGUGCGCUGGUGGGGCCUUUGA